AUGACAAUGGAGCAGCGGAAGGAAAAGAUGGAAGAGCUACGAGCCAAGAUGCGCUCCUCUGCGAAAGCCAACCGCAAAUCGGUUAUAGAAGAGUCUGCGAGAGCGAAGAUCAAUGCACGAGAUGCAGCGCGGUUAGAAAAACAAAAGAAGCUCGCCGAGGUGCUACGGACAAAGGCAGACGCGGAAGAGCGCGGUGAAGACGUUGAGCGAGCGAAGAACUGGGAGUGGACUAUCGAGGAAAAUGAUGAGUGGGAAAAGAAAUUGGCGCGGAAGGCCAGGAGAGCAGACUUUGAGUUUCACGAUGACGCACACGCUGCCCGGCGGAGGUACAAAAAGGACCUGGACCAGAUAAAACCUGAUUUGACACAAUACAAUCGCCAGAAGGAGGUGGCCAUGGGUCUUGCUCCGGGAACGCUCACAAAACGGGCAGCGGAGAGUUUGUAUCGUGAUGCGAACAGCUUGCUCUACGCUGAUAACAAACCGACCGAGGAUGCGAUCGACAGGGUCAUUAGCAAGAUCAAUAGAGAUGUUGAUAAGAAACGCAACUUCUCGCGGAAGCGUGCGAACGAGGACGAAGGUGAUAUCACGUAUAUCAACGAGCGGAAUCGUGUGUUCAAUAAGAAGAUUGCUCGAUACUACGACAAAUACACAGCGGAGAUUCGGGCAAGCUUCGAGCGCGGAACUGCGUUAUGA